AUGUCCACCACCCAGCUCCCCGCCUCCGAUGUCGACCGCUACGACUAUGUCAUUGUUGGCGGCGGCACCGCCGGCUGCGUCGUCGCCUCUCGUCUGGCUGAGUCCCUGCCUCAGAAGCGCGUCCUCCUAAUCGAGGCCGGUCCCAGUGACUUCAUGGACGACCGCGUGCUGGACCUGCGGAAAUGGCUGAACCUCCUCGGAGGCGAGCUCGACUACGACUACGGCACCACUGAACAGCCCAUGGGCAACUCUCACAUCCGCCACUCCCGCGCCAAGGUCCUGGGUGGUUGCUCGUCACACAACACCCUCAUCUCCUUCAGACCCUUCGAGUACGAUCUGAAGAUCUGGCAGUCUAUGGGCGCAAAGGGCUGGACCUUCCACGACUUCAUGCGCAUCAUGGACAAGCUGCGCAACACCGUCCAGCCCGUCCACGCCCGCCACCAGAACGAGCUCUGCCUCGACUGGGUUAACUCGUGCAGCUCCGCCCUCGACAUCCCCGUCCUCCACAACUUCAACAAGCACAUCACCCAGAACGGCGCCCUGAAGCAGGGAGUCGGCUUCUUCUCCAUCUCCUACAACCCCGACGACGGCCGCCGGUCCAGCGCCUCCGUCGCCUACAUCCACCCCUUCCUGCGCGGAGAGGAGAAGCGCCCCAACCUGACCGUCCUCACCAACGCCUGGGUCUCCAAGAUCAAUGUCCGCGGCGACACCGUCACCGGCGUCAACCUCACCCUCCAGGACGGCUCCAAGCGCACUGUCACCGCCCGCGCCGAGACCGUCCUCUGCGCCGGCGCCGUCGACACCCCGCGCCUCAUGCUCCUGUCUGGUAUCGGCCCCAAGCAGCAGCUCGUCGACCUCGGCAUCCCCGUCAUCCACGACCUGCCCGGCGUCGGAGAGAACCUCCAGGACCACCCCGAGUCCAUCAUCAUGUGGGAGCUCAAGAAGCCCGUACCCCCCAACCAGACCACCAUGGACUCGGACGCAGGCAUCUUCCUCCGCCGCGAGCCUCCCAACGCCGCCGCCAAGAAGACCUUCUUCAACCCCGACGGCAUCCCUGACGGCGACAUCGCCGACGUCAUGAUGCACUGCUACCAGAUCCCCUUUACCCUGAACACCGCCCGCCUCGGCUACGACGAGCCCAAGGACGGCUACGCCUUCUGCAUGACCCCCAACAUCCCCCGCCCCCGCUCCCGCGGCCGCCUCUACCUGACCUCGGCCGACCCCAGCGUCAAGCCCGCCCUCGACUUCCGCUACUUCACCGACGAAGAGGGCUACGACGCCGCCACCCUCGUCUACGGCAUGCGCGCUGCCCGCAAGGUCGCUGAGCAGGCCCCCUUCAAGGACUGGAUCGCACGCGAGGUCGCCCCCGGGCCCGCCGUCCAGACCGACGAGGAGCUCAGCCUCUACGCCCGCCGCGCCGCCCACACCGUCUACCACCCCGUCGGCACCACCAAGAUGGGCGACGUCCGCAAGGACCCGCUCGCCGUUGUCGACGAGCGUCUCAACGUCAAGGGCCUCAAGCGCGUCCGCAUCGUCGACGCCGGCAUCUUCCCUACCAUCCCCACCAUCAACCCCAUGCUGACCGUCCUGGGUGUCGCCGAGAAGGCCGCCGAGAUGAUCAUCGACGAGGCCCAGGAGACCGCCCGUCUGUAA